CAAAAUAAUUGUCAAUUGAAAGAGGGCGCACUUCAAGACAUUCACUUCCGUAGCGCUUGCAUCACACGGCUGGCGCAGUGCAUGCAGUACGCUACGGCAGCCCUGCAGCGAAAUUUUGUACUGGUACGCACCGUACCGUACGCACAAUGUACGUACGUACGUACGGACGUUCAACAAAAUGGCGGAGUACAAUGGAAACAACCAGGAAGAUCCAAACGCGUCAGAUGCAGAAAUUACCACAGAGCAGACUGAAAAACUCAUCCAGUUUCAGGAUCUGACAGGUAAUGAAGACACUGAUGAAUGCCGCUCCAUCUUACAAAGACACAAUUGGAACAUUGAGACUGCUGUACAGGACACAUUGAACGUAUCUGAAGGCAGACCUACUGUGUUUGAUACACCAAGCAGCAGAAUUGAACCCCCACCCCCAGAGGUCAAUACUCACUCCAGUGACCAAAGGAUUUACACAGUACAGCGAGCUCAUCAACGUCCCUCUCUACUCCAGUGGGGCUACUGGGCCAUACUCUUCCCAUUUCGCUUUGUAACCUUCACGCUCUGGGAUAUACUGCAGUGGGUACUUCGAUUCUUUCGGCCUGAUCCAAGACGAAUAGUCACAGAUCCUGUUGGGGAUGUGCUUGCAUUUAUAGACAAGUUUAAUGAGCAGUAUGGACGUGACCAUCCUACCUUCUAUCAAGGAACUUACACUCAGGCUUUGACUGAUGCUAAGGGAGAAUUGAAGUUCCUUCUGGUGUACUUGCAUGGAGAUAACCAUGAAGAUACACCUGUAUUCUGUAGAGAGACGCUAUGCAAUAAUGAAGUGACUGAGUUUAUCAACACUAGAAUGCUAUUCUGGGCUGCAUCCACUAAUACCCCAGAGGGAUACAGAGUGUCUCACGCUCUAAGAGAAGCCACGUACCCUUUCCUUGCCCUGAUUGUACUGAGGGAGAAUAAAAUGACUGUUGUGCAGAGAAUAGAAGGAGCAAUUGAGCCCCAGGAUCUGAUAGCCCGCUUGACACGAGUCAUGGCAGAGACUGAGGCUUAUCUAGUCAGUAUCAGACAUGAACGACAGCAGAGAGUACAAACUAAUACCCUGAGACAACAGCAAGAUGAAGCUUAUCAUGAGUCUCUCAGACAAGACAGAGAAAAGGAACGCCGUCGGCAAGAAGAGAAGGACAGGAAACAGAGACAGGUAGAGGAGCAACUAGAGAGAGAGAUGGAGGAACAGAGACAAGUUCAGGAGAGGGAGGAAUUAAAGCAAGCCAAAGCAUCAAGUCUUCCAUCGGAGCCAGAUCCUCAAGACCCUAAUGCCAUCCAUGUGGUUGUCAAGCUUCCCUGUGGGACCAGACUAGAACGAUGCUUUCUCAAGACUGAUCCUCUGCAGGUUGUGUAUGAUUUUGUAUUCAUACAAGACGAUGCACCCAGUGAAUUCAGGCUACAGACCAACUACCCACGUCGUGUAUUACCCUGCCAGGCUACACCAGAUCCUGAUGAUGACAUCACAAUACAAAGCUUUGGACUAGCACAGAAAGAAAUGAUCUACGUACAAGAUACUAGUGAUUAAGACCCCCACAAGGAUUCCUUAUGAAGAAUAAAAUGGCAUGAUGUUCAGAAAUCAAGUUAAUGGCAUUUUGAUGGUCAGAGUUUUCGACCGAAUAUGUGUAUUACAUGUGAUUGACUGUGAGUGUGUAUGAACAUGACAGUCAAGACAGGAACGUGUUGCAUGUCAACUGCAAACUUACAAAAUAGUCCCAUUAUUUGUUCUUUUAUGACUUCUUGUUAUCUAAGCUAAAUACAUUGUACAUGUACAAAGGCUUUAUCUGGGUGAGGAUGUAGAAUAUAAUGUAAUGUAUAGACCUAAUUUUGUGAUGUCCAAUUUCGAGUGGCAUUUAAGCCCAUGCCUGCGAACUACAUUUUGUAAUUGCAUGCACAAUAUUACUUUGCUAACUGUCCUGCCACUCAGUUUAAAGUAACAGUUACAAUAUGGUCAUUGUGAUGUCAUGAAAUUGAGGUUGAUGCUUUAUUGUACAUGUGUUAUCUUUACACUCGCGACAUGGAGCAUUCCAGAUUGAGCCAUAAGCCCUGCCCAUGUGCAUCUCACCCAUGUCACCCUAAGUGCUUCGUCUGCAUGCAUAAUGCAUACAUGCAGUCACUGAUUUGAUUGGUCCAAACUUCAUUGGGUGAGGCCUAUUGCAUCGGUCUUUUGUGAAAAACUAAAUAGAAAACAAAAACAACUCAUGUUGUUUACUGUUGUACAUCUUAUUGAAUUGGAGCAUAAUUCAUACUUUUUAUGCUUUCCAAUUCCAAUGAUUGUUAGCCUUGAAUGGGACUGAGAAUAUCUUCCUGCCAAGUUUGUCCUUCAUUUUGCAAAUAAGAGAGUUUGUUAAUGC